AUGAUAAGAGAUAAAAGGCGAUAGGAUCAGUGGUAAAUUGUCUCGAAUAUAGAACUAGGGCCUGGACAGUACAAUCCAUCUGUCUCCACCUUCGGCUAAAAAUACAAUUUAACUUAGAAAAAAAGGGUGAAUUUAUCUUUUGGAGCCAAAGGCGACAGAUUCUAAAAGUUUUUGCCAGUUAAUCUUUUGCCUGGUCCUGGCUAAUAUGACCCUAGCACCUUGAAAAGAAUUGGACUCGACAAAGGAAAUAAUUAAUGCCUUACAAGUUUCAAGUCUAAUUCGCCCAGACUCCAGAUUUAUUAUGACAUGGAGAAGUAGGCAUAGGAACAAAGUGUAUUUGACAAAUAGACUUUGAUGGAAAAAGAUUUGCAGGAAGCUAUAGAGUAGCAAAUGAACUUAAAAGAAAAUCGGUUUUAAAAGUUCAACACUACCAUUGGCAAUGAUAAAAAUAACCUGACAAAGAGUCUAAUGAUACAAGAUAAAUAGUUAAAGAUUCAAACAGGCCUAGCAAUAACUACAAAGCCAAGGCCUGAUAAAGUUCCCUCAAUUCCAUUUGAACCUAAAAAUCACCAAGGUGAAUAAGUUGGUCCAGGCACUUACAAUCCUAAUGUGAAUCUGCUUCAUAAAAACUUGCCUUAGCUGAGUUUCGCUUCAAAUGUUUAAGUUUCUCAAGGUCCUAAGAAAGCACUAGAAAAGUAUAUAGCAAACAUAUUCUAAAGUCACAGAAGAAUGAACUCUACUGCAAUAACAACUGAAUAGAGUAUGGAUGACUUUAAUUAUACCAAAAAUACUAAGAGAGUCAAGCUGGGUCUUGUGCUUCCCCCACCAAGGACAGAAGCUAAUUCUCCAAGAGAAAGCAAACUAGAUCUUUAAGGCAAUCCUGUCUAAUAAACUAUCCCUAUCUUAACUAGUCAAAUUAAGCCACCUGGACCAGGUGCGUAUGACAAUCACUUGUAUCAUGAAUUCGGAGCAGCUCAGAAAAGAGAAUUCCAAAUCAACAAAAAAAUAAGUUUCGGAUCGAAUGAGCCGAGAAGAUUUACUCUACAUAGAAGCUUAGAGUCUCCAUUUAUGGAACCUACAGUAGGUGAAAAUCCACCAGCCUGGUAAUAUUAAUUAGAAGAAAAAUAAAAGUAGCAAUAGUCAGACAGCAAACCUAGGCCAAUGAAUUUGACUAAGAAGCAGAGUAAGGAUACUAUUUUAUAGUAAAACUUGGGUAAACGUCUAACACCAGGACCAGGGCAUUAUGAUAUUGAUUUCUAAGAUGAACUCAAAAUAUUAGACUAGAAAUUAUCAAUCAGAUAUCAUCUUGGGCCUUUCGGUACAACUGAGAAAAGAUUUAAAAGCCCCCAAUUUAGAAAUAAUGAGCUGGAUUAAAAUGCUUAGUCAACUUAUAAUCUUAACAAAAAACAAGAGCUUAGGAAGUAUAUGGAUGAGGCUUUAGACAUGAUUAAGAGUGUAAGCAAUAAUAAAGAGACAUUUGCCUUCAAAUCGGGAACUAAGAGAUUCGGUGAUCCUAAGCUACAUGUUUAGAGUUAGGAGCUACAGGAAUAAGAGCACUAGGAGUCAAUAAUAAGCAGAUUAAUGAAGUCUUAGUCUAAGCCUGAAAAGCCCCCAGUUUCACUAAAGAAUAUCAACAGACCUUUCGAUUCAUCAUCUCCUAGGUUUGAUUAUCCAAAGCAUGACUACAGUUAGUCUCAACUUCCUGGUCCAGGGUAAUAUCAAAAAGAUUUUGAAACUGAGGACAAACUAAGAAAACUUGAAGUCUAGCUUUCAGGGACGAUCGGAAAGAGAUAUGUGCCCUCUUUAGGAGUCGAGGAUCGUAAUAAGCAUUCCUUGUUUGCUCAAAUUCUUAACUAAGGUCACUCUAGUCCGAUUGGCCCAGGCUCUUAUAAUACUGCAAGCACUGAAAUUACUAAGAAAAGUUUCAACACCUCCUUAAGUAAGAGAAAGAUUCCAAAACUCUCAAGUGGAAUUGGGGAGUUAACCAAGAAAUUUUCUGCUUUCAAUGACCUUCAUAGUAAAAGUAUUCUCUGA